AUGAAAGAUGUUUAAGAAUAAUAAUAGCGAAUCCCUGACGCAUACAGAGUUUUUGUAUUAAUUUCCAUCACUAAUUUACUUGUGAGUCUUGACCAUGGUAUAAUUCCUGCAGCAAGCGUCCAGGUUCAGAGUGCACUGAAAUUAUCAAAUUAAGAAUUGGGAGUAUUGGGAUCAUUAGUGUAUGCAGGGACUGUAGUGAUGGGUUUUAUAGCUUCCUUCAUAUUUUUGAAAUACAAUCCUCUAAGAGUUAUUGAAAUCAGUAUGAUUACUAUGAUUUUGAGUCUGUUUGUGUUUACUUUGCAAUUUGAUGUUGCAUGGCCUUAUUAUCUAAGUCGAUUCAUAACUGGUGCAGCCUAAGCUCCUUUAAUUGUAUACUUCCCCGUUUGGGUGGACACAUUUGGUUAAGAUAACAAAACAGUCUGGCUGACAAUCCUCCAAGGGGGAGUGCCUUUUGGCGUGUUUGUAGGCUAUGUAUUGGCAAGUGUGAUAGCAGCUCAAUGGAAUUGGCGAUGGGCAUUUUAUUUACAAAUCGGUGUACUUGUACCAAGUAUUGCAUUGCUGUCUCGACAACCUCACUAAAACAUAGAUGUGAGACCCUAUGUUAAGGAUAGCAGUAAUACAUAUGAAAAGAUGCCUUAUUUUGAAUUGAUCAAAUUAACAUUGAAAUCUAGACCAUAUGUAGUAAUGACAGUAGUUCUGGGGAUGCUCUAUUUUUCAGUAACGGGAAUAUAAUUUUGGAUAUCCAAUUAUCUAGUUACAGUCUUGUGCUUUAAUUAAGGCUUGGUUAAUACACUUUUUAGUUUGGAUUCAAUUACAGGUCCCACUCUUGGGUGUGUUUUAGGAGGACUGAUAACUCAACAUUAUGGAGGGUAUGAUUCUAAGAAUGCUUAUUACAUUACUUGUAUUGCAGCAAUUUUUGGAUCAUUGGCUUCAAUUUGUGUGACACUUACAACCAAUUUGUGGGCCAUCACAGGAUUUAUUUGGUUGUUGCUCUUCUUUGGAGGUGCUUUAGUACCAAUCAUGACCGGUAUAACACAUAAGUAACUUCUAGGAAUAGUACUAUCAUCGGUAAAUUAAGGAAUGCGCUCGUUUGCUAAUUCCAAUACAACUACUUAUGUAAAUCUCUUUGGGUAUUUGCCUGCUCCAAUUGUUUAUGGAUAUUUAUCAACGAUUUCUCCGAAUUUAGGAUACUAUUGUUUGAUGUACUGUCCAAGCGUCGGUUGUUUAAUGAUCAUAUGGACUACAUAUCAUGAAAGAAGAAAGGAUUGUCUUGUGGGGGAUAAAUCGAUGGAUUCCAUGGAAAUGCAUCCCCCUUCUGCUAGGAGUACUUCUGUGAUGUAGAUCAUCUAGAAUUUUCAUAAUCAAUCCGACGAUUUCGUUAAGGAGGUCCUGGAGUUUCAUUCAACACCAAUCAAUAAUAUCACUACAACACUUUACUACGAAAAGUAAUUGUGA